AUGCAAGAACCUGGGUUAGGAAUGAUGACGGCUGCCGGUGGCUCUAGUGGUGCCUUAAGUGGCGAUGUUUCCGUUUCCGGCGAGGGAGUUCAUAACGGUCAACUGAAGGCGGAGAUUGCUACUCAUCCACUUUAUGAGCAGCUUCUUUCAGCUCAUGUUGCUUGUCUUCGUGUUGCUACCCCCAUUGAUCAGCUUCCGAUGAUCGACGCUCAGCUUUCUCAAUCGCACCAUAUUUUGCGAUCUUAUGCUUCUUCUCAGCAGCAUCACCAAAAUGCUCAUUCCUUAACGCCUCACGAGCGCCAAGAGCUUGACAAUUUUCUGGCACAGUAUAUGAUCGUUUUGUGUUCUUUCAAAGAGCAGCUUCAACAACAUGUGAGAGUCCACGCAGUUGAAGCUGUUAUGGCCUGCCGUGAAAUUGAAAAUACUCUACAAGCUCUUACAGGAGUGAGCCUUGGUGAAGGCACCGGUGCAACAAUGUCAGAUGAUGAUGACGACGUUCCGAUGGACUUCUCGCUUGAUCAAUCCGGCGCUGAUGCGCACGACAUGAUGGGGUUCGGGCCACUGCUUCCAACCGAAUCUGAAAGGUCAUUGAUGGAGAGGGUCCGACAAGAAUUAAAGAUUGAGCUGAAACAGGGUUUCAAGUCAAGAAUUGAAGAUGUGAGAGAGGAAAUAUUGAGAAAAAGAAGGGCAGGGAAGUUACCUGGGGAUACAACUACAGUUUUGAAAAAUUGGUGGCAACAACAUUCUAAGUGGCCUUACCCAACUGAAGAUGAUAAGGCAAAGCUGGUGGAGGAGACAGGGUUGCAGCUGAAACAAAUAAACAAUUGGUUCAUCAACCAAAGGAAGAGAAACUGGCACAGCAACUCUCAGUCAGUGACAUCCUUGAAAUCCAAGCGCAAGAGAUAAAAAGAAGAGAAACAGAAAAUUUUUCAUCAAAUUAUAAUAUGAAAUAUGUUAUAGCUUUUGGUAAAAGGUUCUGACAGAGUAACAUGCAGAAACAUGGGAUUAAGCUUACUGUAAAAUGAGGUUAGAGAGUCGAGCAUAUUGUGACAGAGAUUUGAUUAACAUGUCUUUUCUUUAAGGUUGUAAAUUGUUGGCUUUUUUAAUACCAUCAAAUUCUAGAUUUCUUGCGCUUUCAUAUUUUUAAA